UUUUUGGCACUAAUGAACGAAUAAUAACACGACCUGAAAACUUGGGGUUCCAAAAAUUUCUUCAAAUAAUACAACAACGGCCAUAAUUGCGUUGUCAUCAUCCUUCAUUUGUUUCUCACCUUCCUCUUCUUACUUUCACCGGUUCAGACGAGACAUGCGUAACGCGCCGAUCAAUUAACCAACAAAAACCGGCAAUUCGCGUUACGUUCAUUGCUCUCUCUGAAUCCUCAACCCCAUAUUCAUACUCAUCGUUAUAUUUAUUGUUUUAAUUUUUAAAUCAGAACAAUGGAUCCAAACGCUAGCCCGAGGAAGAUGCGAAUCCUUAAAUACGUUAUGACAAGGAUUCCGAGCUUCAAACGCAGGCAAUUGCAGGAGCUAGAGAACGAAAGACUACUCCGGCCAUCUGCAUUACCAGAAACAUAUACCGAAUUAUCGCAACGUGAAUCGUAUACUGAGCUGGCUGAACGGGUGGCUCGUUUAACAGAUGACGAUAUUCUGGCUAACAUUCGUGCUGUGGUUGUGGAGGUUUCGCAGAUCAGAUCGGUUAUUCAAACGCUUGGUGACCGUCCGGACCCGGAAACUGUUGAGCUCGCUAGGUCGCGGUAUGCGGAAGCCGAGUCCCCGUUUGCGGUUCAGUUUGAUGGAAUUACGUUGUCGGAACAGGAGAUGGAGGUGGUGGAGAAGAGGAGGACAGCAGCGAAGAGAGAGAUGCAGAUGUACAGGGCUCUGAUCUCGUUGGAGGAGAUGCAUGAAUCAUACAGCAAGUUGUUGGUUGUGGCAGAGAGAAGACUCCAUAAGCUUUACGAUACAGCUAAAGCGGCUGGAAAGUUAACGGCGGUUGAUAAGAAGGUUUCUUCUAUGCUUCCAACUAUCGCGGAGGAGGUGAAGGAGGAGAUGGGUGACAUUCUUCAUGAUGCAUUGAUGAACGGUGUUGAACGAAUUGAUUUAUCCUACCGUCAAUUGCCAUUUGUUCCUGAAGCCUUCGGGAAGCUUCGUACAUUGGUUUCUCUCAACCUGUCUGCCAAUAAACUUACGGCGCUGCCGGAUUCACUUGCUGGACUUGAGAGUCUCGAGGAGCUUGAUGUUUCUACGAAUCUCUUUGAGUCGCUACCAGAUGCCAUCGGCUCGUUGCCACAUUUGCAGAUUCUAAAUGUCUCUAGCAACAAACUCAGUUCGUUGCCUCAUGGCAUCUGUAAAUGCAGAUCAUUAUUAGAAUUUGAUGCCAGUCUCAAUCAGAUUAAACGCCUUCCCUCCAAGGUUGGUUAUGGGCUGGUGAAUCUAAAGAAGCUUUUGAUGCCUUUGAACAAGUUGCGGUCUCUUCCUAACUCGAUUGGCGAAAUGAUAUCUCUUCAAAUCCUUGAUGUUCACUUCAAUGAGCUAAAAGGCCUGCCACCUUCAAUAGGAAUGCUAAAAAAGCUUGAAGUUCUUAAUGUAAGCAGCAACUUUAACGACCUCACAUGUCUCCCCGAAACAAUCGGGAAUUUAACGCGCCUUAGAGAGCUUGACAUAUGUAACAAUCAAAUACAACAGCUGCCCAUUACAUUCGGACGCCUGGUGAACUUAGCUAUACUGUCUGUGGAACAUAAUCCGUUGGUGGUUCCGCCACAAGAAGUGGUGGAGGAGGGUGUCGAAGCGGUGAAGGUGUAUAUGAGCAAGAGGUUGUAUGAUUUAAUAGUUGAAGAAGAGAAAAUGAUGGUGUUGGAACGCGAAGAACAGGCGCAGGCUGGUUGGUUUAUGUCUGUGUUUUUUGGGCCUGCUUCGGGCCCGGGUUCAACGUACCCUUACCUCACUCAUCGACUAUGAUCGUCGUCGAUGGUCGAUCAUCCAGCUACGCUAGUUUGAAUUGAAUUGGGUAUUCUAAUCUUCAGCAAAAACCAAACCUAUAAAUAUGUAUGUAGACAGACUUUUGCAACCUACAUUCGGAUCAGGCUUAGUGUUUUGGUUUAGGCGUAGUGCGGCCCGACCCAUUGGGCCUGAUCCAUACAUGCUAACAUAGAUCAUACACUUAUAUAUCAUCAUCGGAGGGUGGUUUCAGAUAGGCCUGAACAUCCCUUCCAACGGGUUAUCUUCAUGUUGUAGUUCUAGAUAAGGCUCGGAAAAAUGUUAGAUUUGAUCUACACCGUUCCAAGACCCGACCCGACAAUUGUUACUUCAAGAAUGUAUGUAGUGGUAUGUCAUAUAUAUGUAACAUGCUAAUUUUAUUCCAUACAUUUUAUGUAAAUAAGUUGGGCUCGUUGUGUUUUCC